AUGAGUUCAGAAUUACCUCUACAUAUUUAUAUACGUCCAUUAUUAUUAGAAGAUAUCGAUCAAAUAGAUACUCUGGAAAAACAAGGAUUCCCACCAACAGAAAGGGCUUCUCGAGACAACAUUAUAUUUCGUUUAAAUAAAGGACCAGAGUUAUGCUCAGGUUUGUUUUUAAGAGAUAUAGUUAAAAAAAAGGAACUGGAGGAUGAUAGUAUUGCCGAUGAAGAUAACGGUGAAGAGCUUGUUGUUCGUAAAGAAACCUUAAUUGGACACAUAUUGGCUACAAAAAUACCAACACCACUAAUCACUUUGGAAAGUAUGGACUUGGGUUGUUUUGAUGAAAGUAGUCCGACCAUAGCAAUCCAUUCAUUGGUUAUAUCUCCAGAAUAUCAAAAGAAAAAUUUGGCUACUUUGUUGAUGACUGAUUACAUUCAAAAAUUGAGUAACCAAGAGGUUGGUGAAAAUAUUGUAAUUAUUGCACACGAACCUUUGGUUCCUUUUUAUGAAAGAUUGGGCUUUAAAUUAUUGGGCAAAAACCAAAACGUUAAUAAGGACCCUGAAUUUACUAAAGAUGGUACAUGGUGCGAUAUGACUAGGGAUUUGGUUAAAGAUGAAUUUGAAGAAUAG